CGCGCAGGCGGAUCCAGGCCGGGUUUUGCGGUGGAAUCCAAGAGUGCUGGGUCUUCUGUCGCUCUCAGCAGCUUUCUACUGAGGGAGAUCAUGGUGCUGAACGAACUGUGGGCUGCGCUCUCCAGUGCCUCCGGGGCUGCUGUGGCCUGCUGCUUAGUAGCGGCAGCGGUGGCCCUGCGCUGGUCCGGUGGCCGGAUGGCGCGUGGUGCGGCGGCCCGAGCGCGACAGAAACAGCAAGCAGCCCUAGAAAGCAUGGACAAGGCGGCGCAGCGCUUCCGACUCCAGAACCCUGACCUGGACUCAGAAGCAUUGCUGGCCCUGACUUUGCCUCAGCUGAUGCAGAAGUUAAACAAUGGGGAGCUGUCUCCACAGGCUGUGCUCUUCACCUAUUUGGGAAAGGCCUACGAAGUGAGCAAAGGGACCAACUGCGUGACCACUUACCUGGCGGACUGCGAGACUCAGCUGUGCCAGGUCCCAAGGCAGGGCCUGCUCUAUGGUGUCCCUGUGAGCCUCAAGGAGUGCUUCAGCUACCAGGGCCAGGACUCGACCCUGGGCUUGAGCGUGAAUGAGGGGGUGCCAGCGGAGUGUGACAGUGUGGUGGUGCAGGUGCUGAAGCUGCAGGGUGCUGUGCCCUUCGUGCAUACCAACGUCCCCCAGUCCAUGCUCAGCUAUGACUGCAGCAACCCCCUCUUCGGCCAGACCACAAACCCAUGGAACUGCUGCAAGAGCCCAGGUGGCUCCUCGGGGGGUGAAGGGGCCCUCAUUGCAGCUGGAGGCUCCCUCCUGGGCUUAGGCACUGACAUCGGGGGCAGCAUCCGCUUUCCCUCCUCCUUCUGUGGCAUCUGCGGCCUCAAGCCCACAGUGAACCGCCUCAGCAAGGUUGGCCUGAAGGGCUGUAUUUAUGGACAGCUGGCAGUACAGGUCUCAGUUGGCCCCAUGGCCCGGGACGUGGAUAGCCUGGCACUGUGCCUGCGAGCACUGCUGUGUGAGGACAUGUUCCGCUUGGACCCCACUGUGCCCCCACUGCCCUUCAAGGAGGAGGUCUAUGCAAGCUCUCGGCCCUUGCGUGUGGGGUAUUAUGAGACAGACAACUAUACCAUGCCCACCCCGGCCAUGAAGCGGGCUGUGCUGGAGACCAAGCAGAGACUAGAGGCUGCUGGCCACACGCUGAUUCCCUUCCUGCCAAGGAACAUACCCUAUGCUCUGGAGACCCUGUCGGUAGGUGGGAUGUUCAGCGAUGGCGGAAGCAGCUUCCUACAGAACUUCAAAGGUGAUUUGGUGGACCCCUGCUUGAGGAAUCUGAUGUUGGCUCUGAAGCUGCCUGGGUGGCUUAAAGGACUGCUGGCUUUCCUGCUGAAGCCCCUGGUCCCAAGGUUGGCAGCCUUUCUCAGUGGCAUGAAGUCUCGGUCCACUGGAAAGCUCUGGGAACUGCAUCACGAGAUCGAGGUGUACCGCAACUCUGUGAUUGCCCAGUGGAGAGCGAUGGACUUGGAUGUGGUGCUCACCCCCAUGCUGGGCCCUGCUAUGGACUUGAAUGCCUCAGGCAUGGCCUCAGGGGCCGUCAGCUACACUAUACUCUACAACUGCCUGGACUUCCCAGCGGGGGUGGUGCCUGUCACCACAGUGACCGUCGAGGAUGAGGCCCAGAUGGAACAUUACCAGGGCUACUUUGGAGACAUCUGGGACAAAGCGCUGAGGAAGGCCAUGAAGAAGAGUGUGGGGCUGCCUGUGGCUGUGCAGUGCGUGGCUCUACCCUGGCAAGAAGAGCUGUGUCUGAGAUUCAUGCGGGAGGUGGAGCGACUGAUGACCCCUGAAAAGCGGCUGUUCUGACUGCUGCCUGCCCAGCUGCCUCUGGAGGACCCACUCGAUCUGCACCUAGCCCGGUCAGGGCACAGCUGCCACCCUUCAAGGAAAUAUUUACCUGGGGGCACAGGCUUCCUUCCCUUUACCUCUCCAAGAAGCCAAGACUCCCUGGACCUUGCUCCCCUGCCUGGUCCCCAGCCUCUGCCCUGACCCUCUCCACAUGUGGCAGCCAGUGGGUAUAACAUGGGCAAAGGCCCACUGAGAGUCAAAAAAUGGUUUCUAUCCUGUGUACUUCCUGGCCGUCCUUGUUAGGGCACAGGGUUGGAGACUUGACCUUCUAGAGCCUGCCUCCAGCCAUGUCAGUGUCCGGCUCCCAAACCUCCCCUGGUUCCCGUCACAUACAGGAUGGACACAGGCUUCCCAGAGUGGGUGUUGCAGACCCAGCACUUCACCCUACCCCUCCCUGCACCCUGCCUUAGACUGAGUCCUACUUUGAUAGAGACAUUGCCCUUUUGCUUCCUCCUUUUUUUUCUUCUUCCAUGUGCUGAGGAUGCCCUUGCAGAUCCUCUGCCUUUAAAUACUUUGACGCCUGCUCAGAUCCCUCUUUCUCCAGAAGGCUUUCCCUCCCUCCUCUGAGCCUUGGAGUAGGCGGCCCGUUUCCCUCAGCCUGCCCAAAGGCGUCUGGGUGGGGAGGCUGCCUCUCAUAGCGCACUGGUUCUCCUUGAUGGCAGGGACCCAACUGUGCAUCUUUGUCCCUAGUGGCCAGCACAGGGCUGGGCACAAGAGAGAGCAAGGAGUGGAGUGCUGACCCUGAGCUGGUACUGUUGGAGAGAAGGACCCACAGGCCUGGGGAGGUGAGCAUCAGAAAAGGCAGUCUGUUAAAGUGCUCACAGGGCUGGCCAAGGACUAUAUUGGUCUGAGAAGGCUUCCUGAAUGAGGAGGACCUCUGUUGAGUCUAGAAGGUUCCCAGAGGCUGAGAUAGGGAAGGAGGAACAUCCCAGGGAGAAGAAAUAACAGUAUGCCCAAAGGCCAGGAUGCGUUUGGUAGAGGGAAGCAUGUUAAAUGGGCACAGGAGAAGCAGCGAGGAUGUAGGUGGGGCCAGACCAGGGUGAACUUUCGGGGCCAGUGCAGGAAUUUGAAUCCUGUCUCAAGGGCAAUGGGGAGCUCGAAUGAUCACGCAAGUGCAGUGAGGAGAGUAGACUGGAUGGAUGGAGGCUGGACAAGGAUAAGGAGGUUGUUCCUUUAUCCUAACCACCUAGGCAUGAGCUAGGGAGGCGGUCCAGGGGCAGAGAGAGGCGGUUUGGAAAUUGGCAAGUGAGAUGCAAGUGAGCUGUCUCAGCUCAGUCUGCCAGGUUACCUCUCACUGCACUGCGUUGCCUGGCAGGUUGUCUGUCACUGUGUUCUCUGGUGACAGACUUCUUGGCCCUAACAGCAGGGCCAUCUCACUCCUCCCUGGUCCCAGCCCUGAAUCCCCUGCUUGCUGUAGAAGGCCUUUCUGAGCCUGAGCAUUCCAGCAGGGUGGACCCCAGGUUCUUAGCUGGCCUACUUCAAACUCUUUUCAGAUCUAGGUGCUUUCCUUCACCGUCCUGAUGUUUCUGCUCCCCCAGUUUGCAGAACCAGUGGCACCAACAUUCUCUGCCAGGGGCAUCCUGCCUUGGUAGUCCCAGUCUCAGAGCAGGUGUGAGGCCCUACACCCUGGUGCUGACUAGAAGGCCCAACCCGCAUGAACACCUUGAUGGGGGUGACCCAAAAGGUGUGGCACUCUGCCCUGGUUCCUCAUAACUGCUGUGUCAUUUUGUCUCAUAUAAUUCCAUGAAACUACCUGCAAUCUGCCCAGUUUUCUGUUUUUGGUUACUGAUAUCCUUGUGCUUUCUGAUGUGAGGCUUCAGUGGAAGGUGCCAGUGCCUCUCCUUCAUUCCUUCACUGGUUCAGUGAUAGGCCCUUGGAGCCUCAGUAUGGUCACACCCACCCUGUGCUUAGUGGUGCUGAGUUCAGCCAGGCCUGGCUCCCAUCCUUGGGUUCCUGGGCUCGUGGGGGUGGUGGACAUUGACACAAGCACAUCUGUUCCUCAGGUGAUUAGGACUGGGGGAAAGGGCAAUAAGGGGUCAAAUGCUGCUGAAAGGCAGCAGAGGUGGUCAUUGCAGAAGCACCAUUUCCACUCCUACUCUCAAAUCCAAGUCGCCUGCCUCUCCUGGACACUGCAGUAACCUCAUUUGGCUCCCUCCUUCCAUCGUCACCUGUCUCCCAACCAAUUUUCCAUAUAGUAGCCGGAGUGACUCCUUAGAAGUGUGUAUCAGAUUGAGUCACUUUUCUCCUUAAAAUCUUCCAAUGGCUUCUCAUCCUACCAAGAAUAAAAUUCUGUGUCCCACAGG